CCCAUCUCGGCACCGGUCUGCUGCCAGUCUGCCACAGACAGCUGAGGAUUUCCAGACGGGGGAUCCCGGCUCUGCACGGCCUUAUAUUGUCGAAACGUCGGAGUCUAUAGUGUGUUAAAAUGGCGAAAACGUACGAUUAUCUCUUCAAGCUGUUGCUCAUUGGAGACAGCGGAGUCGGCAAGACAUGUCUGCUGUUCAGAUUCAGCGAGGACUCCUUCAAUACCACCUUCAUAUCCACAAUAGGAAUAGACUUCAAAAUCAGAACAAUAGAGCUGGAUGGAAAGAGAGUCAAACUUCAAAUUUGGGACACUGCAGGGCAGGAGAGGUUUCGCACCAUCACUACAGCUUACUACAGAGGAGCAAUGGGCAUUAUGUUGGUCUAUGACAUCUGCAAUGAGAAGUCCUUUGAAAACAUAAAAAACUGGAUUAGAAAUAUUGAAGAGCAUGCCUCGUCUGAUGUGGAGAAGAUGAUCCUGGGUAACAAAUGUGAUAUGACUGACAGGAGACAGGUGUCCAAAGACAGAGGUGAAAAACUGGCUAUUGAUUAUGGAGUUAAGUUCUUGGAAACCAGUGCAAAGUCUAGCUUAAUGGUAGAAGAGGCUUUUUAUACCAUGGGAAGAGACAUAUUACAUAAUCUGAGCUCAAAGACAACUGACAACAAUGCCGGAGGAGCAGGCAAACCAGUCAAGAUCACAGAGAAAAAGUCGAAAAGAAUAAAAUUCUUCAAGUGUUCGCUCCUCUAGGCUGCUCAUCUCUAGUGUUAGUGGCUCUAGCGUGACUUUACUGUUUUGGAGGGUUCCUGCCUCCCGGGCGUCCUCGCAGCUGCGGCAGCAGUGGUCAUAUUCAGAGGGCCUUACUGCCCGCUGAAGCUCACAGGUUCAUGAGUGGUUGAGAUGCCAUCCUGAUCUGCUGACCAAAAGAGGAUCAAUGAGGAAUGACGCCUGAUACUGUAUAUCCGCUCAUGCAAAAGACUUGUGCGAGAUCGCCAGCAUUGGUUUGUAUCUGGCUCUGCAGUGUCUGUUCACAGGAGGCAGUGAUCCUGUUGGCAUUUAUAAUACCUCGGUUGGAUCUCAUGAGAAUAUCUGUUACACAUAGUUGUCUUAUAAAUGGGGAAAAAAAAUUUAAACAUUCAGAUUCUUUCAUAAAUUGUAGCAUUGUUUUAUACACACUACCCAUUGUCAUAUUUUCUAUGACAAUGCUGUCUUAUCAAGUCUCAGCAUUGAUUGUAUUUGUCUGUGUAAAUUCAUGUAUAUUAAUAGGCCUUUAGUCUCCGAUGGCACUGGCAUCAUUUCUAUUUGUUCAUGUGUGCCAAGAAGGAGUCACAGAAUUGUGAUAAAGAAGACAAAAAUAUGUAUAAAUGUAACCAACUGUAUUCUGUUAUUAUUUUUAUUGAAACCUUUAUUUAUGCAGGUUUCUGUGUCAAAAUGAAACUGUGAAAGAUUGUUUCUUGGGAGCUGUACUUACUACAUAUUGUUAUGCGAUUGUCAGUAUUUGCAUGAAAGCUAGGGUUACCUUUGAGUGGAUCAUUAUUAAGCACAUUUUACAGUAUAAAGAAAAGAGAAAUGUUUACAGACAGUAUUUGAAAGUGUCAGUCGUAUAUAGGAAAUUCAUGUUUUUGCUGUUCACAUAGUGUAUAUGUCAGCACAACUAACUGUUGUGUAUAUACUUUAUUUUCACCUUAAACUGUAGACAUCCAACAGGUUCCCUUUACAUCUCCAACAUGAAAACACAAUGACUGGGGAAAGCUGUAAUAUGAAUGAUUCAAAGCUACUGUAUGUUACACCAAUGAAAAGUAAAGACAGUAAAGAAAGUGGAUUUUUA